AUGAUUCACUCAGACAUCAGCGAAGCUCGCCUAGAGGUUGCCAAGAAGCUUGGCGCAGAUAUGAUAUUCAAGCCGUCCCGCAACGAAGAUCCGAAACAGGCUGGACUGGAACUCAGGACAGCUCUUGGUGAAGAGGCGGACCUGUGUGUUGAGUGCAGUGGGGCCAAGGGAACUGUGGACGCUUCCAUACAUGCGUGUCGGCCCGGAGGCAAGGUGAUGAUGGUCGGGUUCGGUGACAUGGCUAUGUACGCACACAUUGGGAUGGCGGCAGUGAGAGAGAUCGACAUACUGGGGGCCUUCGCUAACGUCAACAACUAUCCAGAAUGCAUCAAUCUGGUCGCUUCAGGGAAAGUAGACGUCAAGUCUGCGAUCUCCCACAGGCUGCCCCUGGAACAGGUCAAGGACGGAAUGGAGCUGAUCCGCAGAGGAGAGUCCACCAAGGUGGUCAUUGAUUGCUCGUAG